AUGGCGCAACUGCGAAGCGUGAGUUCGGGAACGGACGUCCUUUCCAUGUCCGCGCGAUCGACGAGAGCUACGCUUCCCCAUGCAGCUGCACCGCCUGCCUACAUCUCAAUAGCCGAAGCCGAGAACCUAGUCUAUGCAGAGAUUGAGCAGGUGGUAAAGAUCUCUAAUAGCGCUCUGCAGUUGCUGAAUGGGUUCCUCGAUCAGAUACUCUACGACAUUUUGUCGAAAUCGCAAUCUAUCAGCCUGACCGCAGUCCGCGCUGCGAUCCCGCUAGUACUGAAACAGAGGUUGGGACGUGCUGCGGUCAAGGCCGGAGACGACGAAUUGCAGGACUACUUGGAAGAAUAUGAGCUGGAAGAAAUCCAACACACCGCACCUGUCCUUGAUCCGAAAUCUGAGUUCGAUGUCGAGCUCGCCUGGAAACUGGCUCGACUACGAUGUAUGGUUUAUGCCAAGCUUGGAGAUAUGGAAGAAGAAGAUGAAGAGGAUUACCUCGAAGGCGAUGACGUGAGGGAACAUUUAAACCAGUUGAGGGACGCGAACAAGGUUGUCGAUCGCAUGCUACCACCCACUGCCAUCUUUCUUACCACGGUACUCGAGUUCAUUGGCGAACAAGGCCUGUGCAUAGCGGCUCAGCACGCGCGAAAGCGACAUGCUCAUCUCAACGAUAUCGCUCAAACACCACCAAUUGGGCGAACAGACAUUACUAUUUUGUUGGAAGAGAUAGACAUGUCGGGCAUAGGGAAAGAAGGACCUCUGAUCCGACUCUGGCGCUCGUGGAAGGGCAGUGUCCGUUCUGGUAGCACUAAUUAUUCGCGUCCUACCACGCCCAACAUCCUGUCGCCCACGAGCCCUGAAUCACCCACGCAAGAAUGGAGGUUCCCUACGGCCCCAGCGAUCCCUCCUAUCAAGGAAGAGAGCCGCUCUGUCACCCCGGCCAACAUACCGCUACCAGCUACUGGUAAAGAUGUCGAAGAGAUUGAGGCGCCUGAAGGUGGUACUACUGCCAAAGCAGAGGGCAAGAUUCGGCGGCCUACGGUUGGAAAGCGGAAUUCUACAAAUAUGCUGAUCAUGCCUGGCCAAUAUCCAGAUUCCAAAGCCACGAAUGAGAGUGCGGAAAGGCCCCAGAUGAGCAGAAGAAGAUCGCGAUCAGUCCCAACUUCCCCCGUGCUUUCUUCAAGCACACCAUUAGACCUUCAGCGGAGAGCUGCCGGCCCCGUUGGCACUGCUAGCUCAACUGAACAACGCUCGCCUAAUGGAAAUACUCAGCAGCAUAACGGGGAGGCCUCAUCUGGGCUACGCUCAACUGCAAUCGGCGCUACUGUCGCUACAAUUGCCGGCGCCCUCAGCGUGGAAGCAGCCAAGGUAUUUCGAAGAGAUCACUCAACAGACUCGGGUUCUCCCGUAUCUCCCGAGUCUGUCGUAGACCCUCAUUCGUCUCAUAACACGGCAAAUGACUUCGAACGAAUGCACAUCCCUCUGCGGGCUCAAACUGCUGUCAUCGAUGCUGCGGAAAGAGAGAUGCAGGAAGCCGCGUCCGAAGCGGAAGAUCCGGCAUUGGGCUCAAGUGCUGACGAGGGGACUGACGUGGGCACCGAACGAGUAAACCCCAGGGAUUCUGGAUUUGGGGUUGCUGGGGCCCAGGACGAAAUGCCUCAGCACAUAGACGGGGCAAAUGCUGGCUAUGAGCCAUCAACAAUCAACGACACACGUAACGACGAAGUUGGGGCUCAGGGUGAUGCCUUUGCCCCAAGCACGCGAUCUUCGAAUGUUGGUUAUGCGACAAUCUUUCAGACUUCUGACAUGAACGCCGGCUACAGCAGUUCGAACUCGACUCGCAACUCCGGUCCAGAAAUGACUCGUCCCGAAGAAUCCAUUGCUGCGAUGAGAGCAGGUACAACAGCUGGUGGACCCGUAACCUCUGCAUGGCCUGCCGUGAUUCCAAAUCGGAGGUCCUCGUUGGAACAUAGGGAAGCAGAACAGACUGACGCUCACCUCGCUAACCAUUUUACACCGUCGCAGUUUCACCAGCAGGGGAUGGAGCAACCGGUCCCUCGCUUCGCAACUUCAGCAUAUGCUCGUUCAAGGAGCGCUAGCGCGACUCAAGCGAGACCUUCAACUUCUGGUUCUUCGACAGCUCGGCGACAACACCUUCGACUUCGGUCGGAAGAUACCGAGGCACGACCGCGCGAGGAUCUAGACAGAGCAAAGAAGAGUCUCGAUCUGCUGAUUGACAGCGACGAAACGUUGCACUAUACACUGACGCCCGCAUCCGCUACAGUCGGAGGCAAACUAAAGGCCAGAAGUCAAACUCAGGCAUUAGCGGACUUCUUCAGAGAGACCGCACCUCCCGAACACGAAGUGCGGCCGAAGUCCUCUCGUUCCAACAAGGGUAGUCUAAACGGUCUUCGAGCGAAUCCCCCAACCCCAGUCACAGUUAAAGCGCCAUCAAGUCAACCACCUGUAUCCUCGCCUUCUAGGCCUAAGAAGCUUGUAGGCGAGCCACGUGAGGCCAGAAUGGUGCGCAAUAAUACUCGAGACCUUGCCGAUUACGCGCGAUCCACGGGUCCUGAAAAUGAGGCACAGCUUCCCAAGUCGCUUGGCCCUCGCCCGUCUACCGCCCAGGGGUCAAAGACGGAUUUUUCACUGAGAGAAAAGGCUCUUGCUGAGGACAAUCGUCCCGACACAGCCAAGACUGCCAACCGCUUGAAAUAUCAGGCGCGGGACGCGAAAGUGCCCAGAACCGCUGAUAGUUCGGAUCUGAUCGACUUUAUCAGAGAAGGCCCUCCACGGGCGCCUGGAGAACAUCGGAUCGAUCGCCAUGUGGCACCAUUCCGAACGACAAUGGAUUCUGACGAUCUCAACGCGCUAGCACCUCCUCCGGAGCUUGACGCCAGGCCACGUAAUUCGGAAGCGAGUGUUCCGGAGAGUGCUAUAACAGCCAAGUCGAUGCCAUCGUCUUUGAAUUCGCGCACUGGUCUACUCGACUCGACGAAUCGCGUGGCUAGCAAGCCCAUGAACGGCGUAAGUGCUGUGUCGAAACAACCAGCAAUUCCAGAGGCAGAUGGUAUGCCCAAAAGAACACGAAGACGGGUUCGGGAUCCAUAUGCCAUUGAUUACAGCGAUGAAGAGGAUGAAGUGGAACAAUUUGAGGCACCACCGAGGAGGACCGACGAAGAAUCACUAGUCGACUUUUUGAGGAAUACCGCGCCGCCUCCGGGGAUGGCCACGCUCCCAAUCCUAGCUGCAGUGCCUGGUCCAACGCAACCGGACGCGUCAAAUAUGCUGAAACGAUCGGCCAGCGGCUCCAAAUUGAGAGAUUUCUUACCUGGAGGCGCAUCGGCCAACAAGAACAUUGGGGAGGCCAACGGCAGCGGAGCAACACCUGCUUCGCGGCCUGUUAAUAUAGCACGAGCAUCCUCUCCACAUCUCACACAAGCAGGCUCGAAGCUGGACAAGUACAAACCAACAACUCCGACACACGCAGCACAUGUUGACCGAAACCGCACGCAAGGCAAAGCUCGGGUUGAGCCAAGAGGUGCGUUGGGCAUCUCGGACAGUGACAGCACGGCAGACCUUGCAGCUUUCCUCAAAGACUCGAGACCGCCGCCAGGAAUGAAUGAGAAGCCAGUGCAGAAGUUCAAUACUUCCUUGCAGAGGGAUCAGGCUGGGUUUAUGAAGUUCUUUCAGAGGAGGGGUAGUGUCAGAAAGUGA